AAAUGCACACGAACCGCCCACGUUGCCACGGCACCAAGCCGACCGGCGACCGCGGAAGCGCACGCAAGCAACAACACGAGUCACUUCGCGCAGAGGAAGCAGGCGCGCGCGAGAACAGCGGCGAGAAAGAGGACGAGCGAUGGAAGGGCUGAUCCCCUUCGUGAUCGACGUCUUCAGGAGGAGCCACGAGCGGAGCACCUACCGCAGCCUCUCGUCGGACGGCAUCUCCCGCGGCGGCAGGAGGCGGAGCCUCAUCAACCACUCCGAGCCGCCCGAGGCAGCGGAGGACGGGCCAUCCGCCGCGCGCCACCGCCGCGCGCGGUCGGACUUCGUGCAGACGACGGCGGGCGUCCGUCGCGCCGAGGAGCACGGCCGGGCCGCCGGCGUUGCUGCCGGGUCAGCUUAUCGCCGGAAGUGAGGGGAGGCUCCUCUGAAGUCUGGAGGAUGCAGGGUGUCAUGGUGUGGGAUGCUGGCUGUUGCACUGCUCUGCUUAGUUAACUAUCGGAUUUGUUACGUUCAAUUCGUUCUUAGCCAUGUAAUUAGAAAGGCUGCGGGGCUUAUGAGCGUAACAAGGCGCUCACGGCUCGCAUAGUCGUUCUGUCAUAAGUUGAGUAUGUAUAUACUAACUAAAAGUCUGUACGUUAAAAAAAAUAUAAAUAUUAGAUAUAACAAUAUUAAUUAUAAAUUUAAGUA